AUCAAAGCUUUAGGUAAACUGACAGAUUCUAUUAUUUGGAAAUUAGUAGGCUAUGGCUGACUUCCCGUACACAAGAUUCUACAGAUAUCAAAUUAAGAAUACAAAAUUUAAAUGACAUGCUAUUCUCUCCAGGUUGGUUAUAUUCCACAUUAGCCUAAUUGCCUCUUUCAUCUUACCCCAAUACCUGUUAUAUUCCCUUUUUCCUCAUUUAUACAGUAAAUCCCACUUUUUAAAGCAUCAAUCCUGUUUGCUUCAGCCAUUCCAUGUGACAGUGAGCUCCACAUUGUGAAAAAACAAAUCAAGAACUAUCUGACUGAACUAUAAUGUUUUGAUUUUGAGAUGAAUCUGUCGUCAGGUAGGUGACAAAGUAAGGAUGCAUAGUUCUUACUCUUUUAGGUGGAAUGUGACAAGUGGUCACGAUGAUAUCUGAAGUGCCUUAGCAGUUCAACAUACUUUUGGGUUGGAUGAAGGAAUAGAGAGUUGUUCAUCCAAAUUGAUAGGUGACACUUAAAUCUGGGGACACAAUGAGUUGUGUUUGGCAGGAGGAGGUAACAAAUGAAGCAGGCAGAUUACCUGAGGAGACAAAACAAUUACAAUUCCAGUUCAAUGAGGGAAAGUAUGAGAUCGUCCAUUUUUGAUCUGGGAAACAAAAUACAAUAUUUUAAUUAUGGUGGACUACUAGAAACUUCUAAGGGAUUUCGGCGUUAAUGUAUCCCCCGGGACCAAAGCCUCCCCUGCUCGACCCAACUCAAUCUCCCUGCUACUGGACCUGAUCCAAAUGGAAAUAAGACUGCAUUUCUGAGGAAACUCCUGAGUGGAAUCUCUUCUUGGAGAUGUGGCUCUCCUUUUGCAGAAUCAAAGUGAUAAUCUGAGUGAGAUUGCCACUCCUCGGAAAAUCUGACCCACUGACUUUAUUUCAAGGGGGCUAGAAUUCAAAAGGAGGAGGGAGUGAUGCUUCAAUUGCACAGAACCAUGGUCAGAUCACAUUCGGAAGAAAACAUUCAAUUUUGAACAUCAAAACCUAAGGAAAGAUGUAAUGGCCUUGAAAGUGGUAUAGUGCAAAUUCACCAGAGUAAACACACAAGAAGGAAGGUGUUGAGGCAGAAAAGAGAGCUAUCUAUCUCUUAGCUAAGUUACGAAAUGAGGUGCAAACUGACAAGCCAGCACUACCACUUACGGAUGGAUUACCUGAUGUUGACUUGUGGAAUGAAUACCUAGAACAGCAACAGGCUAGACUGGAUAAAGAUGAAUACCCCAGCUGGUUUAAAUCACCCUGGUUGUACAUGGAGUGUUACAUGUACCGUAGGAUUCAGGAAUCACUACAACUCAAUCCUCCCAUGUGUGAUUUUGAUGUAUUUAAUGAAGCAAAGACCCAAAGUUUCUUAGGGUCACAGCAAGCUAUCAUUGCUCUUUGCACCUACUUUCUGGAAAUGACUAAGAAAAUAGAACAUUUGAAGGAUACCCAACUCAAAGCUGAGCUUCUUCUGCUCAUGCAGGUUGCACUGUGGGGAAACAAAUGUGACCUUUCCAUUUCUGCUGGUCAGGACAACUCUCAGUCAUUCAAUCCUUUAACCACUCUGGAAUCUUUGAAGCCUUUCAUCCUGGUAGAUGAUUCUGAAUGUGUUUGGGAACUGCUCAUUAAUAAAAAGAAAAACAAAACCUCAGAAACAACGUGUACCCGCAUAGAUAUUGUCCUUGACAAUUCUGGAUUUGAGCUGGUGACUGAUUUGAUACUAGCAGAUUUUCUUAUAACCUCUGGACUGGCUGAUGUGAUUCACUUUCAUGGCAAAAACAUACCUUGGUUUGUUUCUGAUAUAACCAGGAAAGAUUUUGAUUGGACGCUAAAAACGAUGAAGGAAGCCGAUCACAUGCAGAUAUCCAUGUGUGGUAUGGUGUGGGAAAAGAACCUGAAGCAAGGAAUUUGGAUUUAUCAUGAUCACCUUUUCUGGACGGCCCCUCAUGAAUUUUGUGACAUGUCUCUUGCAGCACAUGAUUUAUAUGUUGAAUUAAAGAAGUCAAAUUUGAUCUUUUUUAAGGGAGACCUGAACUACAGGAAACUAACAGGAGACAGAAAAUGGAACCAUACUGUUUCUUUUGACACUGCCCUACGUGGAUUUCAUCCCACAGCACUUUGUAGCUUGAGAACACUGAAAGCUGAUAUUCAGGUUGGCUUAAAACCAGGGCAAGCUGAGCAACUGGAUGUUUCUGAUACUGAAUGGAUGACCAGUGGGCGCUAUGGCGUCAUUCAGUUCAGCAAUGCUUAUCAAAAAUGACACUUACAAAUCUACCUGCAUGGUGUAUCAGCAAGCCUGUCUGGCUGAUCAUGGGGCUGCUCUGUAACAGUUAGCAUGUUUCUUUAUUGUUUACAGAAUACAUACUGAUCUUAAGCAA